AUGAAAACAUUAUUGGCUAACACCUUGUCAACUUCAUCAAGAACGGAAAUACAAUCAACUGAUAUUUUAUUGUUAUCAUCGUUGCAUCAACCCACGCAAGAUGAGUUUGAGAUGAUUAUUAUUAAGCAAAAAAAUAAAAUUGAUGAAAUUUUAUCAAAAUUUGAGGAGCAGAAAUUCAAUACAGAGAUCGGAAUUAGCAAAAAGGAGGGUAAAGAUAAAGGAAAGAAAAAUAGAAUCGAAUUUUAUCAAGUAAACAUAUACAAUAAACUCAAAGCACACUUAAAGGCAAAAUUAGACAGUGAUGAAUAUUAUACAAAUCAGCUUCAAAAGCUGAAAGACAACAACAUUAAAAGCCUAUGGUCUAUCUUCGGGUUUAACAGAAUUAAGCCUUAUGAAGACAAUUGGUCUAAGGAGCAAAUAAAAGAUGGAAGACAAGAUGAUGAAGAUGAGCAGUAUGAGGAGAAAAAAGAAAUGCAGGACAGCCUGCAAUACAGUGAACAUGCUUUCACUGAUAAAGAGUUGUACAAUUUUUAUCAAAGCUUAGACAAUGAUGCGAAUUUUAUGAAAGUUUAA